GUUGUGUGAAGGAUUAGAAGGUGGGAGGUGGAAGGUAGUGACAGUAGCGGUGGAUUGAGUUGUCAUGAAUCUCAAUCAUUCAUUGUUUUUUUUGCGGGAAAACUGAAGUGUUGUGGUCUGGCUAAAGUUCUGUUGCUGGAAUUGGAAAAAUCUUUUGCCAAAUUUAUGGUUAUCGGUGGAACAUGUUAAAUUAUCCAAGAAGAUUUGAAAAGUCAAAUGGUUUUCCCGGCGAAAUUAGAUUUCAACAUUAAACGAUUCCAAACACUUGGAAACAUAUUUAUAUAAACAGUGCUGCGUUGUCUGCAAAUGAAUCUCUGCAUUCGCUGGCUCUCGUAAUUUCGAAGGUAAAGACGCGAAAUAGACACCACUGGACGAAGUGGAAAAUGCGUUACGCCUUCCAAUAGCAGGAGCAUUUGUUCCAAGAAACGUGCCCAGUUUGAAACAGAGAACUGGUGACUUUCAUCAGGCAUGAAUCGUACGACCUCAGGUAUGUUCCACCAUAAAAAAGCAACUAAAAUAUACAGGCUGGAAAAUUAUUUGUUUGAAUAGAAGUAAGAGAUGGUUCCUUAAGAAGGCUCGUACCAGAUUCUCUCUCCUCGUCAUUGUCAGAUGUAAACUACCUUAAUUUCUCAUUUUUAAAGUGGUGGCGAAUAAAAUUAAAAAUCGACCCAAGAUAAAUGAUCAUAUUGUUGCUCUUAACAAGUAUGAUUGAUUGCAACAUUUUUAUGUGAAUGCAAUUAUCUGUAUUGUACUUUCGGAUACACACGUACUUGAGGUACCCAUAAUUUUAGGUGCAAAGUGGUCGAAUAAGCCAGGCCAUAAUAAUUAAUUGUUGAUAUAUUCUGGCAAUUUCAAAGUACGCAGCACUAUUGGAAAAAAUGUCAAGUGAUUCUAAAGAAAACCACCUCCAUGUAGGGGAGACGACACAGUGCCAUGGUCACCCUGAGGAGAUUCCUUGUACAACAAAUGGUGGUAGUGAAGAUGUCAGUGCCAUCACUGCCUCAGAAGAGCCAGACAAGUUUGCACAUAUUGAACCCAGCCGAGAUGAUAAAAAACAGAGUAAUUUAGCACAAGAUUUUGAACAAAAUGUUCCAUUAAAUGUCUCCUGUAAUAAAUUUUCACCCCCAGUGGAAAAUUCAAAUGUCUCUAAAAUCGCAGAAACUAGUUUUCCACAUGACUGGGAUGAAACUGCAACAGAACAGUUGGUUGACAGCAUAUUAUUGGAAGCAGUGGGUGUGCCAUCUCCCGUGUCACCACUGUCAAGCCAUGACAAUGACGACGGCCUUUGAACAUUCGGUUAUGGAAUUUGAAUCAUACGGGUUUCUCACUGCUGGCACAACAAGAAUCUUUGUUUCAUUUUCUAUCAAAUUAAAGCACCCGAAACUAGUAACGGAAAUUCUGCAUUACUAUGGAGUGGCCUAUCAUCAAUGUGUUUCUAAUAAAGAAAGAAAGAAAGAAAGAAAGAAAGAGAGAGAGAGAGAGAGAGAGAGAGAGAGAGAGAACUUUAGAGAUACAGAGAUACUACACCCCGUUAAAUACCUAACAGAAAGCUGCAUUAUAUCACCAUGUGUUGGACUCAACAAUGUGUCUGAUGAAAAAGAAGAACAGAUGUUGAAAGGGUACUCAAAGUUUCAUAGUCUUUUAGAUUUACUUCUACAUGAAUAAAUAUAAGAUACAGAAAUAAGUGUACAUUGUCAGUCCUCUGCUUAGCUCACAGUGACAGUAUGAAAGUAUUUUUUUUCCCCACUGAAUAUUUGUAAAACAAACAUUUCUCCAUUAGUUAAUGCUUGUAUCUAAAAAGAAAAAAAACAAUAUUGGUUUUCAUGUUCCUUAUGUAGUUUCCCACAUCUCCUUCUACUCAUGUUUGAGCAGUUUAAGAACUUAUUGUCCUCCCAUUCCCAGUUCAUAUUUUUGUUGCUAAUUUUAAAGAUUAAAAAAAUUCAAUCCCAUAUGUAACGUUGACUUCUGAAUCCAGACUGAAAUAUGUCAACAUAGGAAACAUUUGCUUUAUUGUUCAGCUUUUUAUAUAUGUAUUUUUGACAAAAAUGUGGUACUGUUUGAAUGUUUACCUCAACCAAAGAAUUGCACAAAUGUGCUGCUCAGAUUGAUGGUGUGAUUACCAGAUCAGUUUACUAAUUUCCCUAACAUUCAUAGUUAGAAAUAAUAUUCCAUGAUUUCAAUAAACAAGACCACUGCAACUGUUAGAAUUUUUUGUUGGAGAACAUUAUCAGUUUUACAAAUUAAAUUUGUAUCUUCAGGUGAUUCAAGUCAAGAGAUUAAAGUUGCUAUUUAAACCAGAUAGAGCCAUCCCCGACAUUUAUGUCCAAGUAUUUAAAACUUCUGACUCACAAAUACGGGUGCAUUUAUGAAAAAAUGUAUUGGGAACUAAGGCCAUCCCCAACCUCCACUGUAGACAGCCUGGGGAGGAAGCGUUGCUGUUGGCAGUGCGAAAUAACUGCUAUCUGUCUGUCCUCCAAUAAAGAAUUCUAACAAUUGCAGUGGUCUUAUUUAUUCAAAUCAUGGAAUAUUUUGGCUGUGGUUGCCCUAUGUAUAAAAUAGUGUAUUAGAAAUAAUAGUUGUAUAGUACAGUAUCAGUAAACUUGAAUACACUUUGAAAGAUUAAGUGUAAUAGGGACCACAGUGAUCUUUUCUGGGUGAUUUUACUUAUACCAGUUUGUGAACUUUAUGAAUUUUGUUAAGAUAAAAUAUAUCUGUUAAGUAACAGUGGUACUAAAUAUUUUGCACAAGAUGUAAAAUGAGUUAUGGAAUAUUAUUUCAAAGCAUUAAUUUUCUAUUGGAGAAUAUACUGACUACAAGGCAUAAUUUUUUAAGUUAAUAUGGAAAAACUACAAAAAAUUAUUGCAAUGUUGACAUAAUUCAGAAUUGACUAUUCAGAGAACUGAAGAUAGUAUUAAUUUUCACUGUGUAAGGUGACAAAAUAGCAUCAAACCCAGGAAACAAAGCAAGCAGAAAUUUACUGGCACCAGAAUAUGAUCUAGACAUGUUGUACUAAUUCUGAAUGUAAUUAUAACAAUUUGAUGAACACAACAAUAUAAUAUACAUUGGUGUCCAUGAAUGCCACUUCAGUUGCUUAAUGUUAUGGAAUUUAAGCAGCCACGAAGCUGAAGACUAGAAAAAUUGUCUUGUGUCAGACUGAGUGGAUGACAGAAUUUGUGGUAAAUGAUAACGAUUUACAUUAAAAAGCCAUCACUAUACAAUAUUAAUCAGAAUAAUAUUUUCCCAAUUUAGAUCUAUGCUGUGCCAUAUAUUGAUAAUUUGUUGUAACUCCAAUGGUAUCCUAAAAACUAAUGUGUUCUACUUCUGGCGGUAAGUAGUGCAAUGAUUAGACAUUUUGAAUCAACUACAGGGGAUUUUGCAUAGUGCUGGCACUGUGUUUCUAUUUUGCAGCUAACUUCCCAAAAGCAAAUAAGUACAGUUUCAGUUAAUAAUUUCUUAAAGCCAAUAUUCUCAAAAGCCAUUAAUCUGAUGAUUAUUGUUCUUUUUUUCCUUUUGAUAUGGUGUUAUAAUGAGUGUUAUAUCUGUUUGUGCAUAUCAGUGAGCAUACUGAUUAUGGAGUCACUUGCCACACCCUUCUCCCUCCCCU